AUGUAUGCCCACUGGACAACACGCAGUGGGACUUCGCCACGAAGGAGGCGACCUAACGGAAAUUUUAUCAUUAAUUCAGUUGUUAAAGAUCUUGUGGAUCGUGCGCUGAAUCAGGGUCAUCAGCGCAUCACGCUGGUCGAUGGCGAACGCGAAGCCCGAGGGGAUGCUGCCGUGCGGCACGACCGCGUUCGCGAUGUACGCCACCGAGUUCCGCCGCGACAACGAUAUGCCGUUGAAGGUGCCGCGCUUCAGCUCGAUGGCGAUGCGGUUCUCCAGCGACGGGUUGAACACGGAGGUGUAGAAGAGGUACCCCCAAAACGGGAACAGCGUCACCACCAGACUUAUGAGGAUGGCGCCGUAGUACACCAGCGACGCAUGCAGGGUCUCGAAUGUGCCCAUGAACACGUGCGCCUCAGGCACAUACGCAAACGCGGGAACCAAGCUCACGAUGAUCCAGAAGAUAAGCAGUAUCGCAGUCUCCGCCCAGACCGAGAAGUGGUUCAGGCAGAACCAGCUCUUGGAGACGAGGCAAACGAUCCCGUUCACGGCCAGCACGUGGUGCACGUACAUCGCCUGCGAAAACAGGCCGAAGCCGAAGUUCAGCACGGAGCCGUUCCCGAUGUUGACGUCGUUCGUGUUGGUGAAGCUCAGAAUGAUCAGCGUCUCGAACACCGACAGCCACAGGGCGGCGAGCAGGAAACUCCAAAACGUAACGGGGUCGUACACUCCUCGGCGCUCCUCCAGGCGGCGGCGCCAACGUUUGGACAGCCAGUUGGAUCCCAGGUUCUUGAUCAGGUAGCGCACCAGCUGGUUCACGGGCUUCGUGCUCCACGUGUUGUAGAGGAUGGGGUAGCGAGUCAGCAGAGUGUGCGGCACCUCCCGAUCCAGUAUCACGUAGAACAUCAGGGGGAAGGACGUGAAGAACAAAUUGAUAAUCUGCUUGCUCCAUGCGUUGAACACGCUCACGCCGCUAAAGCCGGUGUAGAAGUUGUAGAUCACGUUCACGAAGCUGAAACUGAAGUUUCGGAAUAUGCAGUAGUAGAGCAGGAACUUGUUCUUGCGAAGGGCCUCGCGGCCGUGCACAAACAGUAG